AUGGAAGUAACGACUAGAGACGGAGCACCUGAGAUCUCAGGUUACCAACGAAUGAUUGCAGCAGGGGUAUUCAUCAUUAUUGCCACAGUUGCUAUUCUAGGAAACAGUCUGGUCAUCUUGGCAAUCACUCUGUCCAGGAGAUUACAAACGACAACCAAUAUCUAUGUCCUUGCAUUAUCAAUAACUGAUUUCCUGAUCGCAAUCAUCCAGGUCAUUCAAGCCGUGAUGCUGCUUUCGAAGAGCAGGUCCAAGUUCCUACUGACAGUGUGCUCUGGAGCGGCAGUGAUGAAUUUCUUUUUGCUAGGAAGCAGCAUAGGUGCCUUGGUACUUAUCGCCUGGAACCGGAUGCAGAUCGUCACCAGCAAGCCAUCCUCCCCAUCGAAGCCAACAGCCAAGAAAGCCGUUGCCAGUAUCAUUAUCGUUUAUUCGUUCAUUGGCUUGAGUUUGCUCGGGACGGGGUUGAUAGAUGGGAUCAAGUUCGGAAACUUUCGUGGAAUGUGCAACUACUUAGGAGGAAAUAUCACCGAUUACACGUCAGGCAUCUAUAUAUUCUGUAUGUUGGUCAUUAUAAUAGUAUGCUAUGGUCGGAUCUAUCAUUAUGUCCGGAGUCAUCGACGUCCAGUAGCUCAGAUGAACCUCAGGCGUUUCCCCAACUAUCUGGGAAGCAUGCACGAAACAGGUGUGAACAAACACUCAUCAGUGAUGGCUUCUACAAGCUUGAAUGUAACAAUGACCGGUGCCUCACAAUGUACUGCGAUUGCAGAAACUGUUAGUGGUUCGGAAACAGUGAGGAUUGCUUGUAGACAGGGGACUUCGGUGGGUAUUUUGGAGCUGUCAAAGACACCUUGCGAGCAAAGUUGCCUCCCAAGGUCUGCAGAUGAUUCUUCAGUCACUGAUCAGGUUCUUAAUUUGUCACCAACUAAGGAGAUAAGCCUGGAUAAACAAUGUAUUCCUAAGAAAAAUGCUUUGGCUUCUUCAGGUGUUGGAGAAUUAUCAACCAUUUCUGGGAAAGCCAAGACUGAUGCCAAUGCUCUAGUUGUUCACAUCAACCAAGGAUGUACCAUGCUAUCUUCGUAUGUAAGUGUAGCUGAAAGAAAGAUAGACAUCAUGAACUUGAAUCUUCAAGAAGAUGAUUUAAAGCAAGGAGCUAAUGCGGUUGCUUCGUGUAUGAGGGGAAGUCCCGAUUCAUGCAAGUCUGAUGACAAAACGUUCGGUCGGUCCCAUCGAUCAACUGCUGCAUUAUUCUUGAACAGGUCAAAAAACCUUCAGACGAGAGCAUCAAAGUGUCAGGACUGUCAUGAUAUUCCCUCUGUCGUUCACCGGGAACAUCCGAAUCGCAUUAAUACUGAAUCAAGGAUAACCUUCAACAUGCUCCUACUUGUGGUGUCAUUCUUUACCUGUAUGGCACCUACCAUCAUCCAGCUUCUGAUCCCGGGUCAGCAAGAUUCAAACUGGAUUAUUUUCCUGAUCCUCUUCUCCAACUGCUGCUGGAACCCCUUGCUUUACGCUUGGAAACAUCCGGACUUCAUGCACACAUUCGGCUGUAUCAUCCGCGGAAGGUUCUCCAGGAUCAGAGACCCGGUACCAUGGCUAAGACGCCGGAUAACUUCAAAUGGUUGA